AUGUCUGCGCUCUGGGCCCUGCUGGCCCUCGGCUGCCUGUGGCUCGGCUCAGCUGUGGACCUUCAGCCCCAGCUGGCCAGCAUGACCUUCGUCACCAACAACCCCACACUCACCACUGUGGCCUUGGAGAAGCCACUCUGCAUGUUUGACAGCUCUGCUGCCCUCGUUGGCACCUACGAGGUCUACCUCUAUGUCCUGGCUGAGUCACCCAGUUUCAGGAACGCCUCGGUGCAGGACCGCACCGGUGUCCCGCUGAGCUCGACGUUCCGGCAGACGGAGGGUGGGCGCACAGCCCCCUACAAGGCCGCGGCCUUUGCCCUGCAGCCCUGCAGCGACCUGCCCAGCCUGGAUGCCGCUGGGGAUGCGUCCCAGGCCUCAGAGAUACUCAACACAUAUCUGGUCAGGGUGGGCGCCAACGGGACCUGCCUGUCUGACCCCAACUUCCAGGGCCUCUGCAACCCGCCCCUGUCAGCGGCCACGGAAUACAGGUUCAAGUACGUCCUCGUCAAUAUGUCCACGGGCUUGGUACAGGACCAGACCCUCUGGUCGGACCCCAUCCGCACCAACCGGCUCACCCGGUACUCAGCGAUUGACAUGUGGCCGGGGCGGCGGAGUGGAGGCAUGAUUGUCAUCACGUCCGUUCUGGGCUCCCUGCCCUUCUUCCUGCUCCUGGGGUUCGCGGGCACCAUCUUCCUCAGCUUUGUAGACACGGGGAGUCCGGACGGGGGAACGGUGCAUGACUCCCAGGUCACACAGGAGGCCGUCCCCAAGUCCCUGGGAGCCUCAGAGCCUUCGGACGCAUCUGUGAACCGGGGGCCUCCCCUGGACAGGGCCAAGGUGUAUUCCAGCAAGCUUCAGGACUGA